CCCCCCACUCUACUGCGCGCCAUUUCCUGCGCUCCUCUGCUCGCUCGACCUCAUCUUCCCCUGCGCCGCGCAGCGCCUCUGCUCCUCGUGCAGAGCAAGCUACGCGGAACAGCAACAAGCCACCAAAGAGAGAGAGAGAGGUAGCAGCGCAAGCGUGGCACAGUGCACGCGGAGGAGGCGGUCUCUGCUCUUGCUGCCGGCUGCCGCCAUCCUUCAUUCCUCUCCGUAAGCAAGGCUCGAGCCAUGGGGCGGCACAAGUUCCGGCUGUCCGACAUGAUCCCGAACGCGUGGUUUUUCAAGCUCCGGGACAUGCGCGCGCGGGGCGGCGGCGCGGCGGCGGCCAGCCCGCGCGUGGCGGCCGCGCACGCCGCGUCGCGCCCGCUCCCGAGCACGCCGAGGCACGGUGGCGGCGGCGCGUGGCUCCCGCACAGGGCGUCUCACUACUACACGCCGCGGGCGGGGGACAUCGUCCUGGGAUCAUCGCCGCUCCACCCCAGGGCCUCCGACACGCGCUUCCCUCCGCUGCAGCUCUCGCCGCCGCGCCGGUCCUCCAGGCGGCGCCACCACCGGAGGCGCUCCGUCAAGCUGGCGGCGACCUCCUCGGUCAGCAGCAGCAGCGGCGUCGCGUCCUCGCCGGCCUCCGCCGCUGGGUGCCGCUUCGGGCGCCGGCCCGAGCUCGUGGCCGUCGAGGCGCCGGACACCCCGCCGUGCCGCCGGGACAUGUUCGUCGGUUACAGCAGCGACGACGACGAAGAAGAGGACCUCAAGAAACCGACGCUUGCCGUCCGUGCCGACGACAAGCUCGACGGCAAGGUGUUCACCUCCGCCACGGAGAUCAUCAUCGACCUGCGGACCAAGAGGAGGCCGGAAAGGACGCUCCCGCCGAUCACGACCAAGCCGGCGAGGAAGGAGCCCGACGGCUGCCAGCUGGAGGACAAGCACAUCAACAUCCUGAAACACGCGCACGCGACCACCCAGCGAGCCUCCCCUGCUCCCGAGCAGAGCAAGCUCAAGCCGAGGCGAUCCGUGUCGUCGGCGCGCCGCCUCAAGACGCGCGCCAACACCCCGCGCAUCGCGUCGCCCAAGAAAUGCAAGCCGCCACCCGCGGCGGCCCCGAGCUCGCCGGCGCCGGCGCGGACCACGCCACCGCCCCUGGCGGAGAGCUUCGCGGUGGUCAAGUCGUCGCGGGACCCGAGGCGGGACUUCCGGGAGUCCAUGGAGGAGAUGAUCGCGGAGAACGGCAUCCGCACCGCCGCCGACCUCGAGGACCUCCUCGCGUGCUACCUGGCCCUCAACGCCGCCGAGUACCACGACCUCAUCGUCGAGGUGUUCGAGCACAUCUGGGUCACGCUCACGGACGUCAGGAUGUAGCAGAGCUCAUGCAAAGAUGCAACGCGCUCUUUGCAUGGUGAAUUCAACGACUCCCGUCGUGCCAAGAGUGGUGGCUGUAACUCGUAAGUAGAAUCCUGUUACUGGUCCCAAAUUAGCAUGCAUAUAUUUUCCCAAUCCUGUGAAACUACGAUGCUGUUCUUCCCUCUGCUUCGAUGGCACUGUGGCAGUUGGUUGUGCCUAACACCUGUGCACUGUGAAGAUGCUGAACCAGGUAAACAGUAAACUGUAACUAGACUGGGAAUCAACUCUGGUGCAUGCUAUGCUACUACAUAAAAAAAAAAACUCUGGCACAUGCUACAUGACUACAUGAGCUUCAAUGGUUAGAAGAAAAAUCAACUUGACACUGUUAAUUUUGGAGCUGGGGAUGUGUCGUUGCAUUGUACUCCUGUAACAUGCAGGAGGCAAGCAGGGACUCUACUGGUCACAUGUACCUGGUGGUGAAAAAGUGUAUAACAUUUUCAUCAGUAGUUUGAAGAAAUAAAGUUGGUUGAGCAUCCGAGGCCGAUGUGCUGAAUGAAUCAAUUCGGACGCUUGACAGGCAACUAAUUCUUGGUCUUUGCCUGUUGUUUCUUGAAUGCGUCGGAGUGGUUUCGUCUCCUCCUUGCUCUGUAUUGUAGGGGAGGAACUGUAUACAACAGUAGCAGUGUAGACGUGUAGUAUUGAUGCAAUAAUGGCAUGUCUUCCCUGUGUUAUGUAGUACUCGAGUUCAGACGUUUUUGUAUCAAUUCCGUAAUGGUAUCCAAUGAAUACUAUCCAUCUACUCCGGUCCA